AUGAGCACCAGCAGCACCAAAGCCGCGCUCCAAACCGCCAUCAAAACCAGCGUGCGGCGCAUCCUGCACUUCACGGGCCCGCACUCCAAGCUCAAAGACAUCUUCGACGACGUCUCCGACGACAUCCUGCACUUCGUGCGCUUCCCGACGACGCGCGGGCAGGUGUCGAACACGUUCUACCAGCUGCUGGACAGCGGGGGGAUACCGCAUCUGGAGCGCGACCGGCGGAGUCGGCGGCUGGCGUCGCGGCGGAGGGGGAGGAGGAGGUCGAGAGGGAGUGGGAGGAGGAGCGGGAGCCUCGCAUCGAUACCACCACCCCCGCCGCCGCCGCCGCUGCUGCUGCUGCCGCCGCCGCCUCCGGGGCCUCCUCCCCGCCCGCACUCCCACUCCACAUGCUCCUCCACGGCCUCGCACCCCGACACCACCAUCCCGCUGUCCGAGCAGCGCGCUCUGCUCUCCGCGCUGCACCGCGCCUGUCUCUACGCCUGCUUCACCUUCUGCAAGCACACGCUGCGCCUGGACAUCACGCGCAACAUCGACGACCCCGUCGCCUCGCAGGUGUGUCUGUCCGCGCUGGUCGAGGCCAUCAUCGCCGCUUACAACAGCGGGACGCUGGCGCCCGAGCUGAUUGACGAGGAGGCCGGGUUUGGGCCCGGGAAUGCGUUUGAGCGGGCGGGGUGCGUGGAGGAUGCGGUGGUGUGGAGGGGCCCCAUGGGGGAUCGGAGGCUGCUGAGUGUGUUGCAGGCCGGGGAGGAGAUUGUGGCGGCGUUGAGGGAUGGCGAGAGGGUGGUGAGGGUGGAUGCGUUGUAUAGGAGGGCCGAGAGGCUGAUUGGGGAGGCGGCGGGGGCGGGGGCGGAGGCGAAGGCGAAGGGGGAGGAGUGGGUGGAGGAGACGACGGAUGAUGAGGAUCGGUAG